AAAAGGUCUAUUGUGAACAACGUGAAGAAAAGAAGGUGGAUCGUUGCUUUUGACAGCUGACACCACCGCUGAUAUAACAGGUUAAUUGGGAAUCAGGUAAUAUUCCGUCAUGAACUUCAUACGCCUCGUCAUGCGCCAAUUCACUCGUCACAGUGUCCGUGCUCGUACGUAUUCUGCCGAAGCAGCACCUGCAACCGCUAGCGGUGCCGAGAAACUAGUACCACCACCCCCAGAAGGUUUAGCCAAAACAGCAAACCCAAAGUUGGAAAACAUCGUCAAUAGUAUUGCUGCAUUAAAUCUGCUAGAAGUUUCAGAACUUAGUGGGCUACUGAAAAAGAAAUUGAAUUUGCCUGAGACCGCAUUUGUACCACAAUUUGCUGCCGGCCCUGCGCGUCCUGCUGGUGGUGAAGAGGAGGAAGAGGAAGCUGCUCCAAAGAAGAUACAAACUGCCUUCAAAGUGAAGCUGCUGAAGUUCGAUGAAAAACAAAAAGUAGCGUUGAUCAAGGAAGUGAAGAACCUUUUGGAGGGCAUGAAUUUGGUGCAAGCUAAGAAGUUCGUCGAGAGUGCGCCUACCAUCGUAAAAGAAGACAUACCAAAGGAUGAAGCAGAAAAACUCAAAGAGGCACUUACCAAGGCUGGUGCAGUCAUUGAAAUUGAAUAAAAAGGUUGCUACUUUUAUAAGGAAUACGCACCGUUGCCUAAUCCUAAAUACAAACUUAUAUAUGUAGUUUUACGCAUUUUUAUGUGCACUGAUGUACGUAAAUAAGUUCAUCGUUUUAAUUCCUGAUUGAUCUAUUGUUGCUAGAGUGAAUUAUAAUAAAAUCAAUUAAAAUAA